AUGUCUGCCACUUAUUACGACAACUCACCAUCACGCGAAGACCGCCGCGUUGUUCGCCGCCGGCUAGUCAAUUGGUUACACUGGCCCGAGACGACAAGUCAGCCGCAUUUCACGAACGAGAAACUCGACUUGAGUGAACGUUCCCGUCCGGAUAUCGAAGACGAUGCUCUUAUCUCGUGGGGUCUGAAGCAAGCCAGGGAAUCGCAGGGCGGCAAUACGGCGAUUAACGUACUGUAUGGAGAAGGACCGCGCCUUCAAUGGCGAGACAAUAUCAAUGACGACGACUUGGAGCACAUAUUGCAGACUCAACCGACAAGUACAGGAGACCACUCGUUGCGGAUGUGCUUCCUGAAUACACUGGAACCAAGCAGCGGUUGGCUACCAGGAAACUUCGAGAUUCGAUCCCGGACCUUCCGCAUUCUGAGGGAUUUUGGUUUGUCGAAAUCGCUACUGAAGAACAUAUACUCCAAAGAUACUUUUUGGGCUAAGAUGGGAAACCAGCUGUUCUUGCGUCGCAACGAAAAGGGCGAUCUGCUCUCGUUCGAUACUUGCUACCAAUAUGUAUGCGGUUGGGAUACUGGUGUCAGUUUCAUUAACUACAUACGCACUCCGAACCAGACUACCUAUUUCUGCAUCAACUGUCCUACUCCUACCGCUUCUCGCUUGAGAGACAUUGUGGAAAGCAAGCCACUCCUGGCCCACCGCGACUUCCUGCUCGAUUCGCUAGUCGCAGAUGACUGCCUAAAGCAGUGGCAGCUGGAUAUUGGAAGCCGUCGUGACAAGCUCAUUCAUUAUGAGCGAGUCUACGACGAAAACCUUGAUACAUUUCGAGAAGCUACGAUUGAGCUUCAUCAACUUGCAAGGUCAUGGCUGACCCUCAGACAAGAUAGCCAGGAUCUUUACGCACAACUGCACUUCCUACGUGAAUCCUACGUAAAGUACAAAGGAGCUGUGGGAACUUCCGCGAAGCUGUGGAGUUUAGACCAAACAGACAUGUGCGAGUCGUUCGAUAUGCUCAUAUCGGCCUGCGAUACGUGUAGCAGAUGGACAAGUGUAUAUCACGAGAGGACAAGCCUCAGAAUCAACCUACUCUUCCAGCUGUCGAACCAAAGGGAUUCGAAAACCAACAUCAAAAUCGCCGACGCUACUGCUGAUGUCGCACUACUGACACAGCGCGACUCUGCGUCCAUGAUCACUAUUGCCGCCGUUACAAUGCUUUUCUUGCCCGGCACGUUCAUCUCCGCGAUUCUAAGUACUACUUUCUUCGACUACGGAGACGAGGGACUGCGCAUUUCAAAGAGAUGGUGGAUACUUCCCGCUUCUACAAUACCAUUGACUAUUGUCGUAUUUGCCAUCUGGCUAGGUUGGCGCUACCUCAGGUUUAAGAAAUUGGGCAACGAGAAGAAGAUAAGACAGAAGGAAACGCUUCGAGUAGCGAUCACCACACCGUAAGAGUGGUGCUGUAAUACCAAUCGCUCGAUAAUAUUAGCGGUUGAGAAAGGUUCACAGGCUGUGAUGAUAUCCAACCCUUGAGAGCGGCCAUUUCGAAUAGCUAAAAGAAGCUCGGGGUAUUUUGUUUCCUUAAUUUGUAUG